UCACAUUCCUAAAAAAAAAAAAAAAAUUUCCUCUCGAUUUCGAACUUCUCAAACCGUCUCUCUCUUUCUCUCAAUACAAACAAACGCGAUCUGUGUGCUGAUCCUUUCCUUUUCGCAAACCAAACGCUUCGGAAUCCCGACACUCUCAUUCCCUGGAUUCCACUCGCAAGGUCUUGAAGUUACAAAUAGAGGAAACUUGAUAUUGUAAGUAAAUCAUUGGUAUACUUGAAGUUUUGGAGUAGUUUGCUAUGGAUCUUGCAAACAACACAGCAGGUGCUUCAGAAAGGCCUGCAAAACACAACGAAGGUGCUAUAGGAAGUCCUAUAAAUGAUAAAGCCAGUUAUGCAGGAAUUCCUUCAAACAAUGAAGUGGCCGGCACAGGAAUUCCUGUUACGGACCUUUCAGUUAGUUCAGCAAAUCCUGCAAAAGACGAACCAGGUGGUGCUAACCGUGUAAAUGACCAAGCUGAUAGUUCAGAAAAUCUUGCAAAGGACAAAUUAGAUGGUGCAGAAAAUUCUGAUGAAGACAAACCUGAUUCUCCCAUAAACCUUGUAAAUUACCGAUCAGGUGGUGCAGAAAAUCCACCAAAUGACAAAUUCAGUAGUGCAGAAAUGCCUGUGAAGGAACUAGCAGCUGGUAUAGGAACUCCUGUAGGUACUGCAGAAAGUCCUGUGAAGAGAAAAGAUGGUUCAGAAAAUCCUAUAAAUAAUACAAAAGGUGAUAUAGAAACUUCUGUAAAUGACAAGGCAGAUUCUGCUGAAAAUGCCGUGGAUGACAAAACACGUGGCAUAGAAAAUCUUGUAAAUGAUAAAGCAGAUGAAGCAGAAAGUCCUUUAAACAAACAAGCAGAUGCUGCAGAAAUUCCUGUAAAAGUCAAACAACUGGCUGCUGAAAACAUUGUAGAAUACAAAGCAGAUGCUGUUGAAUGCCCUGUAGACAGCAACGUAAAUCGUCUUCCAGCUGAAGCAAAGGAGAUAUUAAUAUCACUGGCAAGUAAAUGGGAGGAUGUGUUGGAUCCAAAUGCAUUGCAGGUGAUUCCUCUCAAAGGGGCAAUGACAAAUGUGGUAUUUCAGAUAAAGUGGAGAACUAAAGCUGGGGAAACAUCACGGAAGGUUCUAGUUAGAAUCUAUGGUGAGGGUGUUGACGUUUUCUUUGAUAGGCAUGAUGAGAUCCGGACAUUUGAAUUCAUGUCAAAACAUGGGCAGGGACCAUCUCUACUAGGACGGUUUGCAAAUGGUCGCGUCGAAGAAUUUAUCCACGCACGGACAUUAUCAGCAUCUGAUCUGCGUGAACCAUCAAUCUCUGCUCUUAUAGCAGCCAAAAUGAAGGAGUUCCACGAUCUUGACAUGCCUGGUGAAAAGAAAGUCCACCUUUGGGAUAGAUUACGAACAUGGCUUAGCGAGGCCAAACGUUUGUCAUCCCCUAAAGAAGUGGAAGCCUUUUAUUUGGACAUAAUUGACAGGGAAAUCUUUGUUUUGCAAAAUGAACUAUCAGGUGCUGCAAGCCAACGGAUAGGAUUUUGCCACAAUGAUUUGCAGUAUGGUAACAUAAUGCUUGAUGAAGAGACCAAUGCUGUCACCAUAAUAGAUUAUGAAUAUGCAAGUUAUAAUCCUGUAGCAUAUGACAUAGCAAACCACUUCUGUGAGAUGGCUGCUAACUAUCAUACAGAAACACCUCAUAUUCUCAACUACAAGAACUAUCCUGAGCUUGAGGAGCGUAGAAGAUUUGUGAACACAUAUUUGAGUUCCUCAGGUGCGCAACCAAAUGGCAGUGAAGUGGAGGAUCUACUUCAAGAAAUUGAGAAGUAUACACUUGCAAAUCAUAUUUUCUGGGGCGUUUGGGGAAUAAUUUCGGCUCAAGUAAACAAAAUUGAUUUCAACUACAAGGAGUAUGCGAAACAGAGGUUUCAAGAAUACUGGACAAGGAAACCUUAUCUUUUAAGCCAUGAUGCUCCCUCUCCUUAUAAUGCACCUUCUCCUUAUAACAAUCCUGCCGAGGGUACAGGAGAGCUAGCAGCGCCACCACAACCACCACCACCACCACCAACUCAUGCAAGGAAGAGCUCGGGUAUCUUUAAAAAGAUGAAGAGAGUUUUAGGUCUUGGCUUGUUCAGGUCCUCCAAGAACUCCACCAGUUAGAUUCAUGCAACGCAUUCCUUUACCUUGUUUGGCCAUUACUACCUUUUGACAAUGAGAUAUGUUAUUGUAAAUAGAAGCAGGAAUCAGCUACU